AUGAGAAAUUUUGGUGUUUUAACAAUUGGAACAAGAGGUGAUUUUCAGCCAAUGUUUGCAUUUGCUUUGGAAUUACAACAACAACUUGUUGAUGAUCAAGUCUAUUUAAUUGCCAGCGAAAUUUAUCGGAAUAAUUAUGAAUCUAUUCUUCAACAAUCAAACAAGUUGGCUGCGAGAUUACAAUUCAGAGGAUUAAGUGGAAAUCCAAAGGAAACAAUGCAAGAUCCGAGAACGCAACAAGCAUUGAAAACUGGUGAUUAUGCAACUUUGAUGGCUUUAACAGCUCGUCCAGGACAAAUUCUAAUGGAAAAGAGUACAAACGACAUGUUUGAAUUGGUAAAGGAAAUCAAGUUUGAUGGAUUAAUCACUUGUUCGAUGGGAAUGCCAAUUAUUUGGAUGUUGAGUGAGAAGUAUGAGAUACCAAUUGCUUACUUGGGAUUAGUUCCAGAGGCUCCAACAAGUGAUUUUCCAUUCUGUGUAAUUUCACCAGUCUCUCUUGGUAGCCCAGAGAAGAACUUGGCUUCCUACGAUUCAGUCUAUAAGGGAUCAGCUGCCAGAAGUGAGGAAAUGAUAAACAAUCAACGAAUGAGCCUUGGUUUGGAAAAAUUGAAAGGAAAGGAUUGGUUGUCUUUGAAGGAGGAUCAUGACAUGCCAAUUUGUUAUGCCUUUUCAAAGAUGGCAUUUGGAGGAAAGACACCAAAUGGUUACAGGGAUAAUAUUAAUUUGAUUGGAUAUUUGGAAUUGAAAUUGGAAAAUGAAAAAUUAGAGUCUGAAAUUGAAGAAUUUGUAAAGGAUGGAAAGGAAAAGCCAAUAUUUCUAUCAUUUGGAUCUAUGCCUGCACCAGAUCCUUUCCAAUUAUUUGAACUCACCCAUCAUGUUCUCUCUGUAAACGCUAAUAGGAGAGUAAUCUUAUCCUGUGGAUGGACUGAAAUGGAUCAGGUAUUGAAAGAUUUAAAUGAACGUAAAUUUGAACAUAAUCAAGACAAAUUUUCAAAUGAAGAAUCUGGAAAAUAUACAAACUUAAUCCAACAAUUGAAACAAUUCAUGCAAGAGGACAGAUUAUUAAUCAUCAAGGAAGCUCCAUACUAUCUCCUCUUUCCAAAAUGCUCUUGUAUUGCUCAUCACUGUGGAGCUGGUACAACUGGAACAGCACUCAUUGCUGGUAUUCCUCAAAUUCCACUUCCUGUUUUUAUGGAUCAACCAUUCUGGGCUCAAAGAAUGCAUGAUUUGGGAGUUGCCUCUCCUCCCAUUCCAUUCAAGGACAUUACCAAUGAGAAGAUUAAUUCCUCCAUUGAAUUUGUAUUGGAAAGUGAUGAAAGUCAAAGAAUCAAAGAAAGGGCCUCCGAAAUUAAGAAUCAAAUUGCUAAGGAGGAUGUAAAUCCUCUCUCCCGAUCCGUCGAUUGCAUACUUGAUUCCCUCUUAGGAGACAAACCAUUCAUUGUACCCAAGCUUCUUUAA